CUUCAAAUCAUGGCAGAAGCAGCUGGUGACAGCAGUUCAGAGUUCAGCGAUACUGACAUCGAUUCACAAUCAGAUGACGUUUCCAGCAAUGACUCGGGCUCGGACUCAGGACUACCCAAUCAGCGUCAGGUUUGCCGUUAUUACAACAAAGGUCACUGCCGCUACGGCAAGAAAUGUCGAAACCAGCAUGUAUGCAAAUACUUUCUGAAAGACUCCUGUCAAUACGGUGCCAACUGUCGCCUCUCGCACAACCUGAGCUCUUACGGGUCCAGUGAGCAGGAACGUGGAAGGAGGAGGAACGGCGGCAGGGGUCACAGAGGGCAGAGUCGCAGCUCCUCGUCUGAUAGUGAAACGGACAGCAGUAAGCCCUACAGAUGGCAGUUGGAUUUGGGAAACGGCUGGGAGGAUGUAGCCAAUGAUCAUAUACUGGAGGCCCAGUACUCACGACCCAGUACUAACGGCAUCAAGAUCUUCAACACUCCCCGUGGUGCUUUGUCUAUCGACUUUACUAAGAUGCGCAUUCUGAAAAAGACCAACCUGCGGGUUAGACGUAAAGGUUCCCGCCACACUGAGUGGCUGUGGUAUUACAGAGGCAACCACAGCUGGAACCAGUAUGGAGAGAAGGAUGUCAAUGGUAAAGUCAGCUCCCUCAGUAGCUCCAGCCUGGAGACCGACUUCCAGCGGGACCGAAGGGGCUCUGUUCAGCUCACCGUCGACUCCACCACCUACGAGAUAAAGUUCAGAGAAAUGUGUCAGGAAAACUUGUCCACCAAUCACAAGAGGAGGAUCAGAAGACGCCCUAAAUUUGUUCCUCCUCAGAAUGGAAGAAUAAAAAUUGUGACGAAGAUGUUAAAGGCCCUGAAGCCGUCUUCAUCUAAUCACACUCCGGUGUGGCAGUUCAGCGGAAGAGGAAAUAACUGGCACAACUUUGUUCCGCGAAGUUGCUGUUCAAUAACGAGUGCAGAUAUUGAGGCAGAGUACCAGCGUAAUCCUCAGGGCACCAUGGACUUUACCGUGAACAACAACGAGUAUAAACUGGACUUCUCACAAAUGAUCCAAGUCAACCUCAACACCAGCAUCGUUCGCAAAAUUAAACGUGCGUAAUAUAGUAAUGCAGAUACACUCACUGCAGGUUUCAGCUGGUGCCAAAAAGAGGAACCACCGGUGAUUGUGUGAUGCUACACUUGUCUGUUUUUUAUUUGCUUUCAUUUCUUUUCUUUUUAUGCCUUUUUCCCCCAAUUUUCCUCCCAAUAUAGUCAUAUCCAAUUAUCUGAUUUGUAUUUCCAACUUUACUGCUGUGGACCUCCAGUUUUUGGGGGUUUUUUUAUGCAUUUUCUCCCCAUUUUCCUCCCAAUGUAACACUCAAUUUAGUCUUCUGCUGCUGAGUGAUACCCGAUGGCAUCCGAGAAGGACACGUCGCUAGACACGCCUCUUCCGACACGUGCACAGCCCUCCUCUUCUCGCCCCUGCAUUCUGCACAGGUGUCUCUUCCGCCAGUCAGGGUCCUUACACAGCGUAUGAAGACACACAUUGUCUGGCCCCCACCCUGCAGAUACAGUGGCCAAUUAGUAUCUGCUGCAGACACUGCCAGUUAUGCCCGCCAGAUGGCGCCCAGCCGACCGGUAGCAAUGCCAAGUUUCAAACCGAGGAGUUCAGAAUCUCGGUGCUGGUGUGCUAGCGGAAUAUCCUGCUGCGCCAUUGGACCUCUGACAUGUGUGCAGUGACCAACCACUUCUUUGUAAAGGGUGCAUAAUAGAAAAGGGGAAAAUUGCAAUAUAUUAGCAUUUUCUGUAAUUUUAGUUGUAUUACAAGUUUAUUAAAGCAAUAAGCCACGAGAGGCUGUGCGUUACUGUGAUUUUAGCUCGGGAAAUGAAAACUUCUUAAAACUUCUUUCCCGUGCUAAAAUCAUAGCAGGCUCGCUGUUAAGUGUUGGAAAGAUUUCUUUGGUUUCAGAAUUACAAGGCUUAUACAGUUUAUCCAUGUUUAAUAAAGCCUGUAAUGUUGUAUUCAGUAAACUCAAUAAAACAAAGAGCUUUGGCUUG